AUGUCUUCACCCGCGCAGACUCCAGGGAACGUCCAUGCACACACCCCAGCCACUUGGGGUCCCACAUCUUGCAGCUCACAGGUUCAAGCCCUGGGGCUGCUAAUGACCUCCUGUAACAGGAGUUUAAGACGGACAAUGCCUGAGAACCUUCUAAAAAAAAGUAGACCAAUUGCCCCACCCAUCCUUUCUCGAGUGAAUGGCUGGUCUCUGCCCCUCCACUCCUUCCAGUUCAUUGCUUGGACAGCCUACGUGUACAUGACCAUCACAGGAUUUGGAAUGUUCAUUCCCUUGCUGCCAUAUUUUUGGAGAAACAUCACCUACAUUGUGAUCGGCAUAUUAUUUGUAUUUCAUUUUAUUGUUCAUAUUACUGCUGUCACAAUUGACCCAGCUGAUCCAAAUGUACGGCACAAAAAAGCCUAUGGCAAGCCCAUGCCUAUCUUGGACAGGAGCAAACAUAAGCAUGUAAUUCAGAACCAGUACUGCCACUUGUGUGAAGUCACAGUAGGGGUGAAAGCCAAGCACUGCAGCGCCUGUAAUAAGUGUAUUGCAGACUUUGACCAUCACUGCAAAUGGCUCAACAACUGUGUGGGAAGUAGAAACUACUGGUAUUUCUUUGCUAGUGUGGCCUCCGCUGUUAUUGGUAUCAUCCUCCUUAUUAUCUUACUACUGUACAUCUUCAUCGAGUACUUUGUGAAUCCAGAGAAACUCCGCACAGACCCCCAGUUUGAAAAUUAUCCUUCCAACGUAUGGCUGUCAUUCCUUCCUUUGAUUCCAGUGACCACGUCUCCCAUUGUGCUCCUGACCCUAGCCAUGAUCACAUUGCUGCUGAAUUUCGUGAGCCUCUUGCUCCUUGGACACUUACUACUGUUUCACCUCUACCUAUUGGGCAAGCAAUUGAGCACCUUUGAUUAUAUGACCCAGGGACGUCAAAAGCAAAACACAAAUCUCCCGUUAAAGGUUACCGGAACUCUGAAAUCCCCCCAAUCUGAGUCUGAGAAUGGGCAACCAGAUGAACAGAGAAGAAGAUCUAAAAUUCCAAGUUUAUGUGCAAGCAGUACAUCAAAGAAGACGAGCUCUCUUUUGACCUCGUUCCCUUUGAGAAGUCCAAAUCUCUGUAAAGGAAAUAAUAAUACCAAGACUAAAAGCUGCUUCCCUCUAAUGUCAGCAGUAAGCAAAUGCCAUAGAAAUAGACAGAGUCGGAAGAAAACACAAGAGGAGAGUGAAGAUGUGAAAGAAAACAAGGUACAGAAUGCUUCUUUUUCUGAAGAGUCUUUCAAUUUGAGGUCCUUCUCAUCCAUAGAAAUCCCUCCUGAACCUCAAACAUUAGAUAGUCUAAUGGUUCUAUAUGGCAUUGGUUCAAAUCAACCGAGCAUCAGAUCUGAAGACCUCUUACAAAACAUUCAAAAGCAGAAGAUGAGUGUUCCCAACACUUCUGAGGCUAACUAG